AUGGUUGACGAAGUGCCUUGGGAAUUCCAGUCCCCGCAUUGGAGGUAUCUGGACGAAGUGGCUCGAGCGGCCAGACGAGAUGAGCAGUCUGGGGCGUCAGGUAUGGUCGUGUUCAAUCCAGGCUGUGUCUCGAGCGCAGCAUAUCUCGACCUUGCGGAUAUCACGAUUGUCUUUGAAGACACAUACGAAACCUUCAGAGGUCGUGUUGCGAGUGGAGUGCUCCCUCCACUGUUUCUGCCUCAGACACCGCGACACAAGCCUGGGCCGCGCUUGGAUGACGGACGUACAUCUGUUGGUGAAGCAGGGAAACUUGGGGUCGUGGUUCACUCUGUAACCCAGAACAUCAGCCGGUCUGAGAUGCAUGACAUUAUCAACAAGGUCAGGAAGAUCGGAUCCACAAUCUUCAUCACGGAGGCCUCGUCGCAUUUUUACCAACAUUUCAGCCCUCAAUGGGAGCAGUGGAUAGAGGCCCUUGCCAAAACAGCCACCUCGGGAUUUUAG